AUGGCUAAAAUUCCGCCACUGCUAAUUUUGAAUCUAGGUCUCUGCAUUAAUUUUUUGGUGAUCCAUGCCAGUUUGCCUAAAGCUAAAACUGUUUUUGUUCUAGAUGACGACUUUUUAUUGGACUAUGUUUGCAGAGCUGUUCAAUGCCAAAGAAUACCCUUUUGUAGCAUCGAGGAUUUACCAACCUUGACCAUUACAAGAUUUACUGACAGCACAAUUGCUAAUAUUCCAGGCCCAUCAUCUGCAGAUUCGACAAAAACAACACAACCAUUAUACACAGCUUCUUCAAAUGUAAUAGAUCAUGACAGUUUAAUCAAUAAUCAACCCUCCUCACAACCCUCAGAUAAAGUAGCUCCGGCUCCGGUAAGUCACAAUAAAAAGCAAGUUUGGGUCACUAAAGGCAAGCCAAGUCAAGAUGACAAAGAAGCAACAUAUCAGAUGCUGCAACUGAGAGCAUCAGACAAAUUUGUGAAAAAAUUUAAUGAUAAAUCAUCAGUUAAGUUAGAACUUUGGAAGGAAAUCGCAAAUACUCUUUUAGAAUUAGGAUUCGAUGUGGAUGCUCGAAGUUGCAGGCAAAAGUUUUCCAAUCUUUAUACUAAAUACAUUAAAUUUAAGCAACAUGUCAAAACCACAGGAGAAGGAAAAAGGGAGCCCCCAGAAUUCUAUAUUAUUAUGGACCAGAUACUAGGAGAAAAAGAUAAGGUCAAUUUGCAAUAUGUAACUGACACACUUGACCCUGUUGAGGUCAUUUAUACGUGGGAUUCUGAUGAUGAAAAUGUUUCCCCAGAAAUAGAAUUAAAUACAAGUAUGAGAGAUCAUCAGCCUCAGAAGAAACAUUCAAAUAAGUCACAACCUAGUUCUCAACCUAGCACAAGUAAAAAUGGGGUAUUACCUAAUAAUGAUAAAGAAAAAUCAUCAGAAAAAUCCACACAAAAAAGACAUACCACAACAAAAACAGAGAUAUUGAAUACAAUUACGAACACACUGGCAGUUUCCGAAAAAGCAGUUCGGACGGCAAUAAGCAAGAGAACAGUGGAAGGCAUAGUUCCGUUCGAUAAACGUGUAGGGGCGUUGCCUUAUGCAAACUUGAAACAAAAAGACGAAUUUAUGAGAGCCUCAGCUCUGGCUCACAUUCAAAAGUUCCCAAAAAUGGAGUCGCUGUUUUAUAGAAAAUCGACUUCAAAAAAAUAUUUACAUCCCGACUUAAACGUGAAGCAAACGGUUAACUUGUACCAAGAAGAGAGCCUGGAGCAGCCAAAAUGCAGCUACCAUACUUACUUUAGAGUAUUUGAAUCACUGAAUCUGUCCUUCCACGAUUCCAGGAAGGACCAAUGCAGUCUUUGUUUGUCGUACAGGGAAGGUGAUGCAAAUAAAAAAUUAGAGUUUCAAGAUGCAUACACUGCAAAUGUCGCCGAGAAAAACACUGUGUGCAAAAAGAAGGAGGAUGCUAAGGAAAUGCCCAAAAACAACCCAGCUUUAAUAACUGCUGCUGUUUUUGACAUGCAACAAGUUAUUCAGUUACCUAAAGUAAAGAAAAUGCAUUGUCUUAUCGUCGUCGUUUGUUGGUAUUUACCUUCAGUAUUCACAAUAUAG